UCCUCAUCCUCUGUGUCUGCUCUCAGAUCAGAGAUGCCUCGCUCCUUCAUGGUGAAGAGCAAGAAGGCGCACAGCUACCACCAGCCCCGCAGUUUGGAGGAUGACUACAGCAGGCUGGACGCUAUACUGGAGCGCAUAUGCUCAGACGCUGAUAAGCUCCCAGAAGACACCGAGCUGUCGGUGGACAGGUACGGCCUCUCUCCGGACUCACACCUGGCUGACGCCGCCGAUUUCUCCCCGAAGUCCCCGCUGAGCUGCGCCGACAGUGUGUGCGGUCGCUCCACGGACUACGAGGACUUCUGGAGGCCUCCGUCCCCCUCUGCAUCGCCGGUAGAUUCUGAGAAGUCCCUGUCCCCUUUGGUGGAUGAAACCCAGCCCUUCACCGUUCCCUUCAGGCCAUAUGCCUGGAGCAGCUACGGGCCUGGGCUGAGGCCCCUGGUGCAGCAGAGCGUGGAGGUAGACAGGGGCCCGGCGGUGGUGGCCUUCUACGGGGACAGGAGUGCCCACUCUGCCCUGUACGCAGACCGGGCUCUGGGCCAGGAGUCUUAUGGGGACUACAGGCGGCACGCUGCUGCUCUGCUGUUUCCUGAAGGAGGCCUGCACGGGAAAACCCACAAUGUGAAGGCCCAGUCUGACCUGCUGUGCUCCAGUCUGAUCCUCAAUGGUGCUUACAAGUGUGUCAAGUGCAGCAAGGUGUUUUCUACUCCGCACGGUUUGGAAGUCCACGUCCGCAGGUCGCACAGCGGCACCCGACCAUUUGCGUGCGAAAUCUGCGGCAAAACCUUCGGACACGGAGUGAGCCUGGAACAACACAAAGCUGUGCACUCUCAGGAAAGAAGUUUCGACUGCAAAAUAUGCGGUAAAAGUUUCAAGAGGUCGUCCACUCUGUCCACGCACCUGCUCAUCCACUCCGACACCCGGCCGUACCCGUGCCAGUACUGCGGGAAGAGGUUCCACCAGAAGUCAGACAUGAAGAAACACACUUUCAUCCACACAGGUGAGAAGCCACACAAAUGCCAGGUGUGUGGGAAAGCCUUCAGCCAGAGCUCCAACCUCAUCACACACAGCAGGAAACACACCGGAUACAAACCCUUCGGAUGCGACCUGUGCGGCAAAGGCUUCCAGAGGAAAGUGGACCUGAGGCGGCACAAAGAGACGCAGCACGGACUCAAGUGAAGGCGAAGUCCACCGCAACAAUCAUGUCAUGUUUUCUGACUUUACAGUCUUUAAAUUAUUAGUCCCGAAACGAGACAAAGACAUUCUAGACAGAAGACAUUUGCGCUUUUUCCCCAAUCGCCCAGUUUGAGGACAUUUCUUGGCUCAAGAUUGAUCCCCUUUUAGCUCUGUAAAGACUUUAUGUAAAGGUGUAUUGGAAAUAUAUAUAGUUAUCUCAGCCGAGAGGCAGAUUAUUUAUUUUUACUAAGAAAAGACUUAAUAAUAAGACGGACAUUUUGCAGCGAGAAGACAUCGGCAACACUAAAUAUUUUACCAUCCUCCUGCAGAUUGUUCUACAGGCCCAGAGAACCAGAGAUAAGCUGUGAACUGUGAGACAUGAUGUGAUGGAGCAUCAUAAAAAAAAAAAAAAAAAAAAAAAAUCAGUUCGUCACGUGAUAUGAAGCAGCUCAAGUGGGUUUUAAACCCCAAAUAUUUGUACUCAAAUAACCGGAUGGACAAUAAAAGCGGACAGAUGCAAAUCUGCGUCUUUCCAAAGAACAGACUCAUUUUGUUUUCAGUUGGGCGACAUGCUGGCAAAACAGCCUCCUCUCUGUGUGAUUUAACAAAGAGGGGGGUUGCUGCCUCACUCACGAAGCUCUUAUCUUCCACUUUUCCAUUUUGCACAUUUUAUUGUCAGAAUGAACUUUUUUUAAAUAUCUUUUUUCCCUCCAGUUUUUUUUUAAUUUCCGGGUGUUUAUCAUUGAAAUAAAAAAAUGCAAUAAAAUCUAAA